UCAGUCGGGAUUGAGCGAAAGAACUAAUUAGAAAUUGCUGGAUGUAGAGAGAUUUUUUCAUCAUUUUUAUCAGCUUAUCUGUGAAUUUAAUUAUUAUUAGCAUACGGGAAGUGUGAGGAAGUCAAUUAAUUAUUCAUAAAUUUCACGCAUCACUUGCAUCCAAUUAAAAUGCCUCCAUCGUCUUCUCACUUUAUACUGAAUGGAUUCUUCUGCUUUUCACUCCAUACUGGAUCUGUGAUUUUGGGCUGGUUGGGAUUUAUUUCAGCAUUUUUCUCCAUUAUUGGAUGGUCUCUAUCAUUUAAUAACAUCGAUGGACUGAUUAAAAGUUUGAAUAUUACUAAUAAACAGCCUGAUGACUUUACACCAGAAGAUAUCGAAUUUAUGCAUAAUGCAGCAAUUUUCAUAAUAUCAAUGCUGAUUGGAUUUUAUGUCAUAGAGGCUUUAGCAUCACUAUUUCUCGUUCAUGGAGCUGCAUAUAGCAAGAGGUUGUUCUUAGUUCCAUGGAUGCUAGGAAGAUCAAUUCAAUUAGUUUAUUAUACAGCAAUUUGGAUGUUUAUAAGCCUUUACUUCUUCACAUCAACAUCCACUAUAACAAUAUCAAUUUUCUGCAUGAUCUUCGGAGCAUUUGGAUUGUUCUUCAAUUUCUAUUGCUUUAUGUGUGUUUACUCAUUGUUUGCACUGAUGAGAGAUGCUGAAGAAUAUCAGAGGCUCACAAUUCGUCAUAAUCCUCCUCCAAAUUAUACAUCCACUGGAACAACUUAUAUGAAAAUUUAAGACGAAUAUACAGUAUGAUUUUUAUAAUUAUUUUAUUCCCAUUAUUAUGAGAUUUUAAGGCAAUAUUAGGAACAAAAAAAGAAACACCUCACAUCACUCGAGUAUAUCAAUAAAAGAAAACAAAAAACAUGUAUUGACGUUUGCACGAUUGCAAGAUAAAAACUAAAAUAAAAAUAUGGAUCAUAUGUUUGAUAAUAA